AUGUCGCGGAAUGUGAAGUUAUUCAUUGACGGACAUAUGAGCAUCACCGAAGUAUACUUCUACUUCAAUAUGAUCAUUCACAAUCGGCACAAGACACUCGCGCUGGUUUCUGAAUACAGCCAACCACACUCAGAUCUCCUCGAGAAAUCUUUUCAAAUGGUCUAUGCGUGUACCCAUCGUGCAGAUGCCUUGUUGAAAUUGGUUGAGGUUACUACUAUUCAAUCAGUAGUUGCGAUGGUCCCCCACCAAUUUCCAGGUAUUGACGGCACUCUUUUCUACCUUAUAGAACGACCGGGGUUAGAUAUUUUGAGAAUGGGUGGUAUUGAGGAGGUUAUAGUUGACGAGGAAUAG